CAGCUGAUGGCUUCAUGAGGAGCGUCUUAUUUAAGAAGGUGGCGGAGCUCCAGUCGGCGCGGGAUUAUACUAAGUCGAACCUGACUCGGGAGUCAGGAACGUCGUCACGAGGGGAAAUCACGGAGUGGAAUCGGGGUUUUUGGAGUUGUCACCUUUUCACUGCUAUGGACACGUGCACUGUGUGGGAUUCAUAGAGGAAUCGCCACAGGAGUCACAGUGCUUGAAUUGUAUAUAGUUGUCGUUUCUGUCCACUCACCAUAAAUAAAUCCACUGUCCUUCACUAGAGUCUCGCGUUUGGGCCCUACUUUCUCUACAGCUCCACGGUCUGCCGUCGCAGCCCUUGACAGAAUGAUCCCGCCAAACAUGGACCCAGCGGACUCAUCGGAGAGGUUCAGGAGGGAGGUAACGGAUAAGGUAAAUAGACAAUGCAACCUUUGGCUGGAAGCGCACGAGGAAGGAUUUCGUCGCGCCGUGGAAAAGCGGCUGAAGGAGACGCUGUCUUGCUUCCCUUGGGUACUGGAUACGCUCUAUCCGAUCGUCGCGGACUUUCUAGCUAACACGCUCCACCUCCACUCUCCUAUUCAAGCUGCUCUUCAGCCCGACCAGCUGGGGGAUCCGCAGCCUGACACGCCGGCCCCGGCAUCGUCAAAGAAGCGACGCUCGCGCCGCCGGCGCUCUUCACCGCAGCCGGAUUCCCGGACUUCACAACAACCGGCUGUGGUGAGUCAUAAGGACAAUUUUUCAUUUUUCACUCCAUCUGUUUGUUUACUCAGGCACUGUGAGACCGCCAAGCCUGUAACUCAGGCAGCUGCCCAAUCAUCUACCCCACCUACAGCAGCCUCCAUUCCACUACCCACUCCAGCAGCUGUGGAUGCCGCUGGGAGUAAAAUGAACUCUAUUAGUGUGUUAAAUUCUUUCCCUGUGACGGAGAUAGAGAGCGUUGCUACAGAUUGUACCUCGCUGCCUUUACCCCUACUGACUGCUUCUCUCUCUGCUCAACCUAUUGCUGUUGCUGUGCCACCAUUCACUCCACCAUCAGCACAGUCUGCAGUUCAGCCAUUAGCUCUCCCCAUCUCACCUCAACCCACUCCAGCGGCUUCAGCCGGGCCAGCCGGCGAUGGUCCGACAGUGUUCAUCACCGCUGUGAGUAAACCGGACUCAAUUGUUUCUCUAGAUCCUGUCAUUAAGAGUCUAAUCGCAGAUGAACAGGAUGAGACAGUUUCUUCUGAACCCAAGGACCGCGCCCAGUCUGUGACUGGGAACUCGAGGCCCACAAUGGAGAAUAAGCUUGAAAAUUCUGAUUGGCCAGAAGAUGAAAAGGAACUGGCAGCUAAUUCUGGGUCAUUAAUUAGUGUAGAGAGUAUUGAAAACCAUUUCCCUUGCUCCCCAUCCGAGGAUGGAGCCUUAAUUUUUGAGGCUGUUAACCCUGAGUCAUUGGACUAUGAAAGUGUAAAUCUAAAAGAUGUUGUUGUGGCUACUGAUCAGCUAGUAACUCAGUCUGCUGCCCAGCCAGUAACUCAGUCUGCUGCCCAGCCAGUAACUCAGUCUGCUGCCCAGCCAGUAGCCGUAGCACAGCCUGCUGCCCAGCCAGUAGCCGUAGCACAGCCUGCUGCCCAGCCAGUAGCCGUAGCACAGCCAGCUGCCCAGCCAGUAGCCGUAGCACAGCCAGCUGCCCAGCCAGUAGCCGUAGCACAGCCAGCUAGCCAGCCAGUAGCCGUAGCACAGCCAGCUGCCCAGCCAGUAGCCGUAGCACAGCCAGCUGCCCAGCCAGUAGCCGUAGCACAGCCAGCUGCCCAGCCAGUAGCCGUAGCACAGCCAGCUGCCCAGCCAGUAGCCGUAGCACAGCCAGCUGCCCAGCCAGUAGCCGUAGCACAGCCAGCUGCCCAGCCAGUAGCCGUAGCACAGCCAGCUGCCCAGCCAGUAGCCGUAGCACAGCCAGCUGCCCAGCCAGUAGCCGUAGCACAGCCAGCUAGCCAGCCAGUAGCCGUAGCACAGCCAGCUGCCCAGCCAGUAGCCGUAGCACAGCCAGCUGCCCAGCCAGUAGCCGUAGCACAGCCAGCUGCCCAGCCAGUAGCCGUAGCACAGCCAGCUGCCCAGCCAGUAGCCGUAGCACAGCCAGCUGCCCAGCCAGCUGCCCAGCCAGUAGCCGUAGCACAGCCAGCUGCCCAGCCUGUAGCCGUAGCACAGCCAGCUGCCCAGCCCCUCCGAUCCCCUGCAGGAUGUUCAGAGGAGCUCAGUCUGCCAAGUGAGGACUGUUUACCUGGGCUGGAACAGGCUGACUGCCCCGCACAGCCCCAGCCGCGGCAUCACGAGCUGGCUGUGAGCCCUGUGCUGUCUCAACCAACUUCAUCUUUACCAGAGAUCUCGAUACCUGCUGGUCACGCAUCUGUCUUUGCUGAAGGGUCCGAGGGGCUGCUUCAGCUAUCAUCUGUUUCACCAUCCACAUCAACUACACUGCCGUCAUCUCCACCGCCCGCUGCUGUAUCACCAUCAUCACCGUCUGUUGUGGCAAUGUUGUCGGAAGGGCCCACGCCACCGGUUAAGGAGCUCGGCGAGUGCGAGGUGCCCGCGCCGCCAGCAGAGUUGCCCGCGCCGCCAGCAGAGUUGCCCGCGCCGCCAGCAGAGUUGCCCGCACCGAGCCGCAGCAGGAGCCCGCGCCGCCUGCUGAGGAGCUCGGCGAGCCAGAGCAGGAGCUCUGCGAGCGGGAGGAGCCCGUGCUACCUGCGGAGGGACUCAGCGUGCUGGAGGGACCCGCUCAGCCAGAGCUGAAGGCCAGUGUGCCGGAUGCAGCUCCACGUCCAGCGCGCCCUCCACGCCGUCCACGUCCAGCGCGCCCUCCACGGCGUCCACGUCCAGCGCGUCGGGGAUCACGGGCCAUUCUACACCGUUGUUCACCGGAGCUGCACCGCCGCCGCACUCGUGGCGGGCCACCAGAGCUGCAACGCUGCCGCCGGACCUGUUGCCGCCCGCCGGAGCUGCAACGCCGUCGCCACCGGGGCUGUGGCAGGCCACCAGAGCUGCCACUCUGCUGCCACCGGAUCCGUGGCCGCCCGCCGGAGCUGCAGCGCCACCGCCAUUGGGCCCAUGGCAGGCCGCCAGAGCUGCAGUGCCACCACCACUGGACGCGUGGCAGGCCACUGGAACCAUUUCGCCGCUGCUGCCGGACCCAUGGCUGCCUGCCGGUGCUGCAACACCGCCACCACUGGGCGUGUGGUUGGCCACCUGAACUUUUCCGCUAUUGGACCCAUGGCAGGCCGUCUGACGUGCUCGGUUGCUGCCACUGGACCCGAGGUAGGCCACCUGAACUGUUUUUCCACCACUGCCUGACCCACAGCGGGCUUCGCCUGUUUUGCUGUCCAUUGGGUCGGCCGCCAGAACUGUUGCUGCCACUAGGGCAGUGGUUGGACUAUUGAACUUGGUUUUUCUUUUUUGUUGUCUAGUGUUGUCGGAGAGGUUUUGGGGCCCUCCGUCCUGGACCCCCCCGCCACCCGCCCUGGGAUGGUCGUACUGUGGUUUUGUUUUGUGUUUGUUUUUCGGGUCGUUGGGAGCCGACCCUUAGAGGUGGGGUACUGUCAUGGUCUGGGUCUGAUGACCCAGAGCUCAUGUAUUUCUUGUAUAUGUUUUCCGUAUGUUAUGUUUUGGUGGUUUUCUCUCCCUUUCUUUUUGUCCUUCCUCCCUGUGUGCUCCGGGAUGUUUUGGGGUCGCUGAGGGGACUGCGACCCGGAAGUGUUCCCGCACUGGGGACUGCCGCUCAUUAGCCCUCACCAGCUGCAACUGAUGGCUUCAUGAGGAGCGUCUUAUGUAAGGUGGCGGAGCUCCAGUCGGCGUGGGAUUAUACUAAGUCGAACCUGACUCGGAGUCAGGAAUGUCGUCACGAGGGGAAAUCACGGAGUGGAAUCGGGGUUUUGGAGUUGUCACCUUUUCACUGCUAUGGACACGUGCACUGUGUGGGAUUCAUAGAGGAAUCGCCACAGGAGUCACAGUGCUUGAAUUGUAUAUAGUUGUCGUUUCUGUCCACUCACCAUAAAUAAAUCCACUGUCCUUCACUAGAGUCUCGCGUUUGGGCCCUACUUUCUCUACAACUCCACGGUCUGCCGUCGCAGCCCUUGACAAAUAGAUCUGUCAGAGGAGUAAACUAGUGGAAUAGUUUUCAUGAAGAAUUAAGAUUUUGUUGUGUAUUCUUAAUUAUUAUUUUCUCUAAAUAUGUCUUGUAAUAUCUUUUUAUAUAAAUA